AUGGCUGCGCCCCUGGAAUACAGCUUCAUCAGCCUCAGCACCAAGCCGACCGCGCAGCUCUGCUACCGCUUCGUGCCCGCCACCCGCCCGCCGACGUCGACGUCCAAGCCCUCGCUGCUCGUCUUCCUCAACGGGCUAGGUCUCCCACAGGACUUUUGGGCGCCCACCAUCGCCGAGCUGCAGGCGCUGCGCCCGGACAGCCUCCCCGCCAUCCUCACGUACGACCGCUUCGGGCAGGGCCGGACCACGGACCGGGACCCGCAGGAUGCCGGCGCGGCGGACCCGACGCACGCGCACGACUGCAUGAGCGCCGUGCGGGACCUCCGGCAGCUCGUCACGCAGAUUGCGCGCGAGAAGCUGCGCGGCUUCGACAACGCAGACGAGGUGCCGCUCGUGCUGGCGUGCAACUCCAUCGGGUGCGCGCUCGCGCGGCUGUACGCGCACGAGCACCCGGGUACGGUGGCGGGCCUGCUGUUCCUCGACUCGGUGCUCGCCAACUCGGACUUUGUGUCGCAGUUCCCGGACCCGGACGCGGAGGGCUUCACGGAGGAGGGCCUGCCGGAGGGCGUCACGGCGGAGGUGCUGCGCACGGCGCGGGAGCGCAUCGGCGCCAUGUUCCACCCGGACGUGGGCAACAAGGAGGGCCUCAGCAGGAAGAACCUCCGUGUGCUGCUGCCCGAUGCGGACGCCCCCGUGCUGAAGGGUGCGGACGGAAAGGGGCCCUACGUGACGGUGCUGGGGCACGAGUUUGAGCACUUUGGCGUCGAGGCGGAGAAGAUGGGCAUGCCCAGGGCGGCGACGCUCGCGUACUCGAACCCAUACUGGGACAGGUACAACCGGGGGCUGGCGAGGAUCACCGAGUCGUCGCGCAGCAAGGGCCCGGUUCAGGUGCCUGGGGCGGGUCACUUUAUCCAGCGGGACAAUCCGGCGUUUGUGGCGGCUGAGCUGGAUGCGAUGCUUGGGAAGCUGGAGUAG